AUGACACUCCUAGAAUCCGACUCGCUGCUGCUGGCCGACAUCGAGCCCUCGACCUUCUUCUUUGGCCACACCGGCGACUCGCUGCACCAGUCCAUCCAGGUCAUGAAGUACGGCAACCAGGCCUUCGACACCUUCCUGCUGGUUCCCGCCAGCCCUGCUUCGACCUAUGGCUGCUCCGAGUCCUCCGAGGACGACCAGCUGGCCGUCGAUGUUCUCCGACCUCUAUCCUCCGACCUCGACGACGACGACCUGGUCGAGUGGUCCCUGGCUUCCGAUGUCUGCCUGGCUCCUCUGUCGCCGCCCACUUCGCCGGUGGCUUCGCUUGGUCUCUCAGCAUCGGACGACCAGGCCUGCAUGAACUUGCUCAGCCUGGACUCUGCCCCGGCUUCGCCAGCUGCUGAACAGCCCGAGAGCCCCGUUUCCAACGCACCUGUCAGCUCGGCUUCGUCGACCGGCUCUCCCUCGACAGCCUCCAUCGCCUCCACUACCGCCACUUCCUCCUCCAAGGCCCCUGCCUCCAAGGACAGUGUCCACGUCGCCGCGGCUCCCCUUGCUCGCUCGUCCAAGUCGCUCAAGGCGCCCAAGCGCAAGUCGUCUUCCUCUUCGUCUUCGUCGUCGUCGCAGCGCCGCUCGACGGUUCGCAGCCGCUCGUCGCUCACCAGCGCCAUCCCUGCCGACCAGCUCUUUGUCCUCGAGAACGUCUUCACUCCCAGCAGCCAGUCUUCUUCCCAGUCCAAGCCUGCCGUUCCGGCGACCCCGGUCGCUGCCGCUGCCCCUGUCUCUGCCGCCAUCGUUCCCUCGCACCCGGCCCCCUUUGCCACCUCGGCCUCGCAUGUUGAAGCCGCCCACCACAUGUCCUACUUUGACCACUUCAUGAUCUCGCCGGCGCCUGCCGCUCCUGCCCCUGCCGUUUUCCCGCAGCCGCAUCUGGCGCCCUACCCCUAUUCCAUCGUCCACAGCCAUCCCAUCUCGCCCUCGCCCUACUUGUGGCCCGCCGUCCCCCAGCCUUUGGUUUCUGUUGCUCCCCUGGUCAUGGUCGACCACUCGGGCAUGCCUGCUCCGCUGUCGCCGCCAUACGAGUUCUACUACGACCGCCCCUUCUAA